AUGCCGCUGACGUCGAGCUACGAAAACGGAAAAUUCUACAACAGCAAAUGGUUUUGUGGUUGUGAUAUUGAAGCCCCUUGGCUCACUUCUAAACAGGAACAAAGCUUUGGUGAAAAGUUUGCCUCUUGCACCAGGCCGCGCGAUCAAAAAUGCGGGUUCUUUCUAGCAGCCGUUAACGAUAGUGUGGCCAGACUUGCCAAGGCAUCAAACGUACCGCCAAAUCCCAGGACACCGGCAUCAACUCGCACGCAGGCUUGGUUGACGCCUGGGACGGGCUCAAGCUCACGCAACGUCUUGUUUGGCGGCAGCGCUACCCGCACUCGAAAUCUCAACCUCAACGACUCGCCUAUUUCGCAUCGCUACAGGGGUGGUGGCGAAGAACAAUUCUUUCCCAGCCCGAUAUCCAGUAUCGUCGUAUCCUGGCCUAAGAAGCCACCGGCGUAUCUGGAUUUAUUUUCGAACCCAUUCGCUUUCACAGUCCGCAUCGUGUGGACAACAUGUUCUAAUAUUAUUAUCUAG